AAGGCAACCUGGGAGUCUCCUGGCAACGGCCGGGCGCGCGGCCUGCGCGGGUCUCCCGGCCCAGCGGUGCGUGCGAUGGCUGCAGCGAGUCCCAGCGUCUUCCUGCUCAUGGUCAACGGGCAGGUAGAGAGCGCCCAGUUUCCAGAAUAUGACGACCUCUAUUGCAAGUACUGCUUCGUGUACGGCCAGGACUGGGCGCCCACAGCGGGUCUGGAGGAGGGCAUCUCACAGAUAGCAUCCAAGAGCCAAGACGUCCGACAAGCACUGGUGUGGAACUUCCCCAUCGAUGUCACCUUUAAAAGUACCAACCCCUAUGGCUGGCCACAGAUCGUGCUCAGUGUGUAUGGACCAGACGUGUUUGGGAACGACGUGGUCCGAGGCUACGGAGCGGUGCAUGUACCCUUCUCUCCUGGACGGCACAAGAGGACCAUCCCCAUGUUUGUGCCGGAGUCCACAUCUACGCUGCAGAAGUUCACAAGGAGCCAAGAUGCCGGUGGCCUCUUUCUCGCUUCCCAUUGCCUGGCCUUGGCUUUCUGAGCCCACCAGGUUCUGCCCUGCCUCAGCCCUUGCCUGGAGCGCUCUGCCCGAACUUGCCUGUCUCUUCUCAUGAGAAAAACCACCGGUAGAUUAGAAGACAGCUGGAGACAUGCUGUAAAAGGGGGCCUUUACUGCCAGGCAUUCCUCUCUGAGACUCCUCAGUGCUGAGGUGAAUACAGCCAGAGCUUUGCUCUAUGAUGGGGAGACAGGAAGAGGCCCAGGUGCGUGCACACUCACUCACACACACACACUCACACGUCCAGUUUCUUCUGGAAUGCACAACUGUGGGGACCCUGGUUUCCCUAUCCCCCACCUUAGGUUGUCUGAACAGCAUUCCUCACGGUUGUUGCCUCAGGACCUCCUGCCCAGCAGGCCAAUGGGGCUGCUGAGGUCUAGCCUGGGAGCCCAAGGAUCCAGCCGUGCCCUCAGCAUAGUUAUGGGUGGUAGAUGUGUAGUCAUGGUUACCUUUCAAGCCUGUCACAAACUGCCCAGGAAAAAGACAAAGCCCCACAGCUGCAGGCGAACAGGAAUGCUGGUGGAGUUGUUCCACAAAGUCCGAGUUGAUCCUGGGUUCUGUGCUUAGGCUAAUCCUGUCUGCCCCAAGCCUAUGGUUUCCAGCAAGAUGCUGGCUGGGCCUGUACAUCCUGUCCAUGUGCCUUAGAGCCCUGGGUGGGGCCCAAGAUCUGAAGUUAGGGUGCAGUGGGAUUGUGGCCUAUGAGUCACAGGACAUUUGUAGGAAGUGCUUCUGCGUUUCCCAGCCAGAGCCUGGGGGCUGAACGGUACCCUUAGCUGGGUGAGACUUUAAAAGUCAGAUGACCUGUUACCCAGAGCCUUCCAGGGCCAGAGUCUCCCUAGAAAGGGUAAUGUUUUGUGGCAGCUGGCAGGGUACCUUUGUUUCAUAUAGUCCCAUGAGGUAGGUGCUAUUACCUUUCACAGUAGACAAACAGGUUCAGUGACAGGGUGUGGCUUGUUUUGGAUCCCAUAUAAGGAGGUGAAGUUUGGGGAGCUGAAUCUGGCACUUGAAAUUGGGUUCUCCCUCCUGAGGCGGCUAAGGGACACACUGCCUUCUUGCUUCUCUUCUGACCCAUCUGUUCCUUGCGGGGGGGGGGGGGGGGGGAAGCAGUGGUUUCCGUGGGUUCAGGUUGUACUUGGUGAUGCAAACCCACAAAAGCCUUGGCUGGAUACGGCUUGGAGCACCUGGCAGCCGCUGGGGCUGUUGGCCACAGACCCAGACAGGGGACAUCUCCUGCACCUUACCUGGCCUAUCAGACAGGCCGGAAGAGGGAUAGCAGGAGUGCUCCUCACUGGUGUUUUCCUAUGU